UGGAGAUUUAUAAACAAUUCUUUACUCUGUUGCACAUGUUAUAAACCUUUCUUUAAGAACUUCUUGCUAUUUUUAUGCAUUACUAAAUCUUUUAUUUAAAAAAGUUAAAUUUUAGAAUAAAAUGGAUCUUAAAUUAUUUCAAGAAUUACUUCCAGAGGAAAGCGAAUAUAUGUUAGACUUACAUACUGCAGCCAGUAUUGGGUGUGAAGAAAGAGUCAUAGAUUUAAUUGAAAACACUGAAAACAAGUUAAUCAUUAAUCAGCAAAAUUCAUGUGGUUGGACACCAUUAAUGUAUGCAUCUUGUUGUGCUAACUUAAGAAUUGUUGGACUUUUGCUGGAAGAAGGUGCUUUUACAGAUUUAAAAAACCAUGAUGGACAUACUGCACUGAUACUGGCCUCAAAAUGUGGCAGUACUGAUGCUGUCAGUUUGUUAAUAGAUCAUGGAGCUUUUAUUAAUGACUGUGACAACAAAGGUUGGUCAGCACUCUCGUAUGCUGCUGCAUUUGGACACAGAAGUGUUGUGCAACUUUUAAUAGAAAAGGGAGCAGUUGUAGAUCAUGUAGAUAAGAAAGAAGGACUGACACCUUUAAUGUUGUCAUCUGCUGCUGGACAUGAAAUGGUUGUGCAAGAUCUACUUCGAUUAGGUUUAAAUCCAAAUUCACAAUCAAAAUCAGGAGAAACUGCUAGAAGUUUAGCAGUUAAAAAUGGACAUAUGAAAGUGAAGAAUUUGGUAGAUGCUCAUUUAUGUGCUAAAAGAAAUUGCAAUCCACAAGGCAUGAAAUCUUCUUCUCAUUCAAAUCAAACAGAUCUUCAAAAGUUGCUUAAUGAGAUGAAACUAUCAAAGUACUAUUAUGUAUUUGAGAACCAUGGUAUUGAUAUAGAUAUGUUUUGGUUACUCACAGAGGAAGAUUUGAAAGAAAUAGGAAUUCAACUUGUUGGGCCACGAAAAAAAUUGUGUAUGGUCAUAGCUGAAUGGUACCUAAAUAAUGCAUCAAAAGGAAACUUUGAUGACAGAACAUUCUGCUAUAAACUAGUGUUAGAUAACAAGAAAUUACUGCAGCGGAAAGAAGAGCUUGAAUCUGCAUUAACAAGAGAAUCGGAACUUAAAAAGGCUGCAGAAACCAAUCUCAAUGAAGGCAUCAGAACUUUAAAAAACUUUUCUGAUACUGUUCAACGCACAUUAAGCUAUACCACCCUCCUUGAAGAAAAGCUUAAGCAAAGUUAUGUUAACUUCAAAAAGCUGCUUUACCGUGCACCAGAUUCCAACUGGUUGAAGUAUAAAGCUGACAUUAUUCAUCCUUUAAUGGGUGAAAUGGAAAAAUUGUUAGAUUCCAUUCAUCAUCAUACAAUGCUUGCUCUGCAGCAAACUAAUUUUAGACGUUAAUACAUUAUUUUUUAAUUGUAGAGAGCAUUAUUUUAUAUAUCUGGUUCCUUAUUAUCAUAAGUGCUUCAUAUAUUUUACCAAAAAGCUGACGAUUAUAUUGAAUUUUUAUUCAUGGGUAAACACUGAUUAAUGAACAUUUAUUAUGCUCAUUGAUGACUAGAUUGCAAAUAAUAACAAUGUCUAGUUAAUUAUAUAGUUUAUUUACAUUUUGAAUAUAUAUGUAUUUGUCUUGACUCAAACUUACCAUUGUUUUAAAGACUGCAUUUAUUUCUUUUAUUAUAAUAUUGUUUUUAUCAUGCCAAAGAUUUUAUACUAUAUUCAUGUGCAAUGUGUUGUAAAUAUUUUAUCUUUUAUAUAAUAUAGUUUUUAAGAAUAACAUUUAUAUAACUGCUUUAAAAGUUUUUGUACAUUUUUUUUGCUAAAAGCAUAAGUCAUAUUUUUGUGCCAAAUCUAUUGCUGAAUAAAAAAUAUUUUAUAUCAU